AUGGGCGGAGAAACCAUCGAGACCGCGAAGCCUAAAAGCACUUAUCCGAAGCUCUCGGACCAUCCAGUUGGACAAUGGAUUCCAAAUAUCUACAAGGAGCGUAUUUCUCAGUUCUAUGGUGGGGGGCAGUAUGAGGGCAACAACCUGCGAGCAAUGAUGGACGAGGGCGUUGCGUCCGGAACGCCGCAUGUGAAGCUCUCUGUCUGGGAUGCUCCUGACCUCACUCGACCGACUUUCAAAGAUGCCACUAGCCACACUUUCAAGAAGACAUCGGUUGGGGAAUGGUUCGGUCCAUCUUGGUCAACCCAUUGGUUCAAGGUGCAGCUCACUGUGCCAGCUAAGCUUUGCAAGAAAGAGCUACUUGAACUACAUUGGGAUGCAAACAAUGAGGGUAUGGUGUGGACAGAGGACGGCAAGCCGCUCCAGGGAUUGACCGGAGGCGGAGAACGAAUAGAAUGGAUCCUUCCCGACAAGUUCAGAGAUGGAAAGGAGCACACCAUCUACAUCGAAAUGGCCUGCAAUGGCAUGUUUGGAAAUGCUCCUGGUGGAGACUCAAUUCAACCUCCGGAUCCCAACAAGUACUUCCAGCUCAGCAAAGCUGAUAUUGUGGCUGUCAAUAGUGAGGCUCGUCAAUUGUGGAUUGAUAUCUGGAUCAUUGGAGAUGCUGCAAGAGAGUUUCCAGCCGAUUCAUGGGAGCAACAUAAAGCCUUAAAGGUUGCUACUGCCAUCAUCGAUGCCUUUGAGCUGGGCAACCAAGAUUCUAUCAUUAAAGGCCGCAAAAUUGCACAAGAGUACCUCGGUAAGAAUGUCAGCUCAUCAAAGGUUUACAAUACGGGGACUCAACCAAUUGUCUAUGGUAUUGGUCACUGCCAUAUUGAUACUUGUUGGCUCUGGCCGUGGGCAGAGACCAAGAGAAAAGUAGCCAGAUCAUGGUCAAACCAAUGUGACUUGAUGGACCGCUAUCCAGAACAUAGGUUCAGUGUAUCGCAAGCUCAACAGUACAAAUGGCUCAAGCAGUACUAUCCUUAUGUGUUUGACCGUGUCAAGGAGAAGGUUAAGAAAGGCCGCUUUCAACCUGUUGGAGGAAGUUGGGUCGAGCAUGACACAAACAUGCCGAGUGGUGAAUCGCUUGUCCGCCAGUUCGUUUACGGCCAGAGAUUCUUUGAAAGCAACUUCGGAGAGAGAUGCCGUACCUUCUGGCUACCUGAUACAUUUGGAUACUCCAGUCAACUUCCACAGCUAUGCAGAUUGGCCGGCAUGACUCGAUUCUUUACCCAAAAGCUAAGCUGGAACAAUAUCAACAAGUUUCCUCACACAACAUUCAACUGGGUUUCUCUUGAUGGUAGUCAGGUCAUUUGCCACAUGGCUCCAUCUGAGACCUAUACUGCAGAGGCAAACUUCGGAGAUGUGAAGAGAUCUGUAACUCAACACAAAUCUAUGGAUCAGGAUGAGACCUCACUUCUUGUGUUUGGGAAGGGUGACGGAGGUGGUGGGCCCACUUGGCAGCACUUGGAGAAGCUUCGAAGAUGUCGAGGAAUGAGCGACACCGUUGGAAUGCUUCCCAGAGUUCACAUGGGUGAUUCCGUUGAAGACUUUUUCGACCGCCUUGAGAAGAAGGUUGAAGGCGGUCUGGACUUUGUGACUUGGUACGGUGAGCUAUACUUUGAGUUACAUAGAGGUACCUACACGACUCAAGCAAACAACAAGCGGAACAACCGCAAAUCGGAGAUAAUGCUCCGCAAUGUUGAGUUGCUAGCGACUCUUGCAAGCAUCAAAUCUGGAUAUAAAUAUCCCAAGGAAAAGAUCGAUGACAUGUGGGAAGCUGUUCUGCUGUGUCAGUUCCACGACUGUCUACCUGGUAGUUCUAUCGAGAUGUGUUAUGAUGACAGUGAUGAGCUCUACGCGAAAGUAUUCGAGACUGGUGAGAAGAUUCUGAAAGAGCUGGAAGAGCUUCUCGGCGUUCAAGAAGCCGAAAUUGUUAAGUCCGCUGAAAAUUUGGUUGCACUGAAUACCAUGCCCUGGCAUCGCCGAGAAAUUAUCUCGAUCGGUGAUGGUAAAGCAGGUGUAGCAUGCGGCGAUGGGCAAUUGCUGAACAUUAAGACCUUUAAGAUCGCUGAGACUCCUGAGGUUUCCGUAGAGGAAAUCAAGAGUGGCGUCUUUGUUUUGCAAAAUGACCAGCUUCGCGUGCAGGUCGAUGGUGGCUGCAUUACAUCGCUCUACGAUCGCAAAGCAGAGCGAGAAGUAAUUGCCAAGGGAAAGAAAGCCAACCAGCUGGUGAUUUUUGACGACAAGCCUCUUUACUGGCAAGCUUGGGAUGUCGAAGUUUACCACUUGGACUCGCGCAAGGAGUUAACGUCUGGUGUUACUAAGAUUGUUCAGCAAGAUGCUCACCAAGUCAGUGUCAUGACUGAGACCAAGAUCAGCGACAAGAGUUGGGCAAAGACCUAUAUCACUUUGUCCGCAGCUUUCAAGGGCCAGCAGUCUUAUGUUGAGAUGCACAGCGAGGUAGAGUGGCGAGAGGAUAUGAAGUUCUUGAAGGUGGAAUUCCCAGUCGAUGUCAGAAACACUGAGGCUUCAUACGAGACUCAAUAUGGUAUUGUGCGACGACCAACUCAUUACAACACUACCUGGGACAUGGCCAAAUUUGAGGUCUGCUGCCACAAGUAUGCAGAUCUUUCCGAGCACGGCUAUGGCGUAUCCAUUUUGAACGAUAGUAAAUAUGGUUUCGCCACCUGCGGAAACUUGAUGCGCCUUUCACUCCUCCGUGCUCCCAAAGCACCCGAUGCACAUGCUGAUAUGGGUCGUCACCACAUCCGCUGGGCUAUUUUGCCUCAUCAAGGUGAUCUUGGCUCCACCACUGUCCGAACUGCGUACAACUUCAACAACCCACUGAAACUUGCACAAUCUUCCAAGAGUCUUGAAGCUUCGGCAUUCAGCAGUCCCAUCAAGCUCACAGGUAACCAAUCCCUGAUUCUGGACUGUGUAAAGAGAGGUGAGGACGACGAAGAUGUUAGCAGAGGGGAAUUGGCCAAACGCAAGGGCAAGAGUGUAAUCUUGCGUAUCUAUGACAGUUUGGGGGGAACAAGUAAGGGCACGAUCGAGACAUCUUUGGAUGUGAAGAAAGUCUGGAAAACCAACAUCUUGGAGGAUGACGAGGAGGAAGUCAAGGUCGAGAAGGGCAAGAUAGAGAUUACUCUCAGGCCUUUCGAGGUUGCAACAUUCAGAUUGCAAUUGUAG